AUUUAUAGCGGAAAAAUGACACAUUAGCAUGAGAAUUCAAUCAAGGGAAAAGUAAAAAAGCGCGAGGUUAACACUGGUUAACACAAGCUAUAUAGGAACGUUAGAGGUCGCACGAGAAGCGGUGCAUGUGACGACCGUGACGCCCGUGUAGGAGUGGAUGAAUGCGCCGAAGUGCGGUUGUGUGCAACCUUGUUCGUGUUCGUUCGUGUCUCAUUGCGUCUGACAUAAGCGGUCGCGUGUGAUCUGUGAUGUUCUGAUCUGGUGCUCCAAUCCAGUCUCACCGUUCGGGUCCAGCGACGCUCCUACGCAUCUGACCGUCAUGGCAGCAAAUGCACUCGAGGAAAAAAUUAACAAGAUAAGACAACAGAAUGAGGAAAUUAGGAGGAGGCAUGAGGAAGUGGAGGAAGACAAGAAAAAUGCGGCUAAAUUGAACGCAUUAGUGCAAAUGGUACCAUCUACAGAUUGGCCAGAGAGGAAAGAACCACCUGAAUUUUCUAACCCACCUAGAACGACUAAGUCAAAAUCUGUCAAGGAACACCAUGAACCUCUUCAGCAAUAUCAAUCUACAAGCGGUGAAGGACGAAAAGUUCACACCUUUGCUCAGGGACAAGGGCCUCCACCUGAUCCUAAGUAUAACUUUCUCGCUGAUGCCGAGAGAGAAGAGGGCGAAAGGGAGAAUACAAAGGAUAACUCAAAUAGAGGACAAAAAUAUUCAAGGGGCAUGUUUAGAAAAAAACCAGGGGCAAAAGAUGGGAUGCAAAAAGAUUAUAGAACGAACAGAGGGUCACAUAGAGAUGAGCACCAGCCAGAGUACGAAGCUUGGAGAGCCGAGAGAAAUCGUAUCGAUGAAGAUCGCAUUAGCAGGCAGAGAACUGCGGAGGGUAAUUGGCGUCGAGAAUGGGACAACGAUAAGAUACAAUUACAGGCACACAUUGUGGAUGACGUGAUGAGGUCUGAGGCUAAAUUAGGAGAGUAUGUGAAAAAGGACUACAAAGAUUUUGAUAGAAGAUACCAUGUUAAUGGAAAUGAUUAUGCAAGUCAUAAUCGUAGUGGUCAUCGUUCUUAUCGGGGAAAUUCAAGACAUUUUCAUAAUAAUUAUGAGAAUAGUUCUAACAAUGCAUAUCAUCAUGAUGGGCAUAUUAAAAAUCUUUCCAACUCUGAAAAGAGAACCGUUAUUGCUACCGACAAAAGCAUAAAAGUUAUGCUGAAUCAAGGAAAUAUGACAAAAGGACCAGUUAUGAGUGUCAAAGUGAAUUCGCCGAGUAUUGCUGGAACAGGACGAGUCGGUCCACGACAAAGGAGUCGCGUAACGUAUAGCAGUCAUUCGGAUGUUGAAGUAGUUUCCCCUGAUAUGGAGACUUUUACACGUCCAAAGUCAUAUGAAGACCGAAUGGACCGAACUAAAGGUCAUGAAAAUCUACACAAAUCUUCUAAUUCACGAAAGUCGCAGCUUCCACCAAAAAAGAAGGACUUUAGCAAUAAAUCUCCUUAUUUUCGUAAGAAAGAGUUUAGAAGGGAAGAUGAGAGCAUGCAAAAACAUCAGGAAAUGGAAUCACUGCAGAAAGAACCUAAGAAGCUACAAAAGUCUUGUCAAUCUAAAUUUCAAAAGCCUGAAGAGAAUACUGCAGAGCCAUUACAAGAUGAGAAGAUCGUGACUGCGAACGAAAAAGAAAGCAAUAUAAUUUCUUCUAGAAACUCUGAUAUCAAUAAUGUAAUAAAAAAUACGGAUAAUCACAAUGACAAUUUGAGUUCACACACAAAUGAAAAAGAUCAAGUUGAUACAGACAAAGAAAGUGAGCCUAUUUUACAAAAUUUAGAUUUAUCUACGUCUAAAAUUGAUACAGAGGUUGAAAUGUGUAAAGUGGAAAAAGUGGAAGAUAUGUUGGAGUCAUCGAAUAUUCAAGCAAUUGUGACAUUUGAGAGUGGAGAGAGAAUUAAUACUACAGCAAAUUUAAUCAUCACAUCAUCAAUAAAAGAUGAUAAAAAUAAAACUAAAUAUAUGGAGUUAUGUGAUACUGACGAAGAUAUCAAGAAAAUGGAAAAUAAAAAUAAUUCAGAGCAAACUAAAGAAACUUUAAGUGAUAACUGUGAUAAUAAACAAACUAAAGAAAUGAGCAAGCAAGAGGAUGAUAUUAAACAGGAUACAAAAAGUUUUCUAGAAGAAAAAGAAGUAAAUAGUGUUAUGAUUCCAUCUUUAGUUGAUGUACAAUAUACAAUAGAACAAAGUGAUAAACUGAAAAGUGAAGACACUUUAAAAAAAAUAGAAAUUUUAGCCAUAAAAGAUGAAGUAGCUAUUGCAGAUGAAAAAAUGAGCACUGGUGACAAAAAAGAUAAAAUAAUAAGCAUUAAUGAAACUCAAGAACGCACAGAUAAAUUUGAGAACAUGGAUAGCGUUGCAAAUAACAUUAUAGUUGAUAAAAUAGAAUCUCUAAAAGAUUUACACGUAGAAGAAAAAGAGGCAGCUCUGAAUGACCAAAAAACUGAAAAAUAAAGAAGGGAAAUAAAAAUGUAUGAAAUGUUAUGAUAUAAACUGUAAGUUACCGAAUAACGUGUGAUAGGAGACAAAGCUUUUAUAAAUAUCUGUUGAAAUGCGUGAUAUAUACUUCAAAAGUUAAUUUUUAUGGCAAUAUACGAGUUAAUGAGAAAAAAAUCAAGUUAUUCGAGUAGUUUCCAACGAAUUCUUAUUUUUAGAACAAGCAUUCGAGAAUAUUAUAUGGAUUGACUGCAAGUCCGCCGAGUGAUAAUACAUCGUAAUUCUAUUUUUUUUUUGUUUUAGAAUUACACACACACACACACACACACACACAUAUAUAUAUAUUCCCUGUUAUAUCAUCUGUUUCAUUUUAUUUCUUUUCUUAAGAUCGAUUUUCUCUCUCUUUCUUAAGAUUGCUCUAAAGUUCGAGUACAAUAUAGCAUUUGUAAAUGUAUAUAGUACAAUUUUACGUUAGCAGAAACACAUCGCUUUUAUAACAAUACAGAAAAAAAAUAGCGAAAUAACAGUUACUGCGUAUCACAUCUCCGAAUUUUUAUAUGAAAUAAUCCGAGAGAAAAAAAUUCACUUCUGUCCCCUUUAAGCGACAAUCAAAGAAUAUUUUGGCACAAGCAAUAAAGAAACCAGGGUAAAUAUUUACUCUUACCGACUUCCUCCCAAUGAUCUUGACCUUGACAUACCUUGUUAAAGUCACCCUCUUGAGUAAUUUUUAAACUUUUUUCUAUCACCUAUUUUAUCUGUAUGACAUAAUUUUACCAACUAUAUGCGAUGACUUCAAGUUUUUUUUUAAUGUUUAUCAAUUAUUAACAGUUUAAUUACACUCUUGUUUUUUAAAAUUAUAUAUAGUUAUUUUUAUUAUGACUGAUGAGAACUUUGUAAAGUGAAAACGUUUCGAAAGUUUAAUAUUAUAUAGCACAUUAGUUUUUAUUCGUGUUUAUACUUAUAUUUUUAAAUUAUGUUAGUCAAUAAAUUGUAAUUAGCAUAACUGUUCUUGGCUCGAUGACCUGCAUUCUCGUAUUAUUUAUUACUUUGCAUAUACCGAGUUUUGCAUAUAAUUUGUUUUGUUAAUAUUUAAAAGGUUUUAGCCAUCGCUCGUGACUUAUUAAAAAGUUAUUAACAAAAAAAUUGACACUAUAAAUGUUUAACUUUAUAUUUUAAACUCUAUCUUGCAUAAUUAACUCAUUUUGUUUUUUACGCGAACGAGGAUGAGUAUAACUGUAAAAAGUAUCCCCCCUGCUUCCCUCUUGGUGCUUACGGCCCGCGACGAGGUCAAUAAUUGCUCAUUUGAACAUUUAAAAUCAAAACGUCUUUGCUUAAAAAAAAUUCAUGUUUUGAUUCACAGCAGACUUCUUAAGGGUUACUAAUUAUUGUUCCUGGAUCUAUAAUUACUAAAAAAUCAAAUAUGUAUUGUAAAAUAUUUCUAGUUGAAAAUUACAUUAUUCUUAUGAAACUUAUGAACUCUUUUGUUAAUAACUUAUUUGACUUUAUAAUUUAUUCUAUAUAUUUAUAUUGUAUUAAUAUUUGUUAAUAACUUUUUAACAAAGUACGAGCGAUGGCUAAACCAUGUCAGGGUCUCUCAGAAGGUGAUUUUGAUAACACAGGUCAAGAUCAUUAGCGGGGAGUUCGUAAGGGUAAAUAUUUACCGAAACUAAAAUGUUUCAGAUCAAGAACACCUGUAAAAUUAAAAAAAAAUUUAAAUUAGAUUUAAUAAUGAUGAUUAUCUAAUAUUAGAGCGAACUUUUAUCGAUUGACAAUGUUAUUUGACUUUAUAAUUUAUUCUAUAUAUUUAUAUUGUAUUAAUAUUUGUUUUAUUUUUCUCAUUGUUUGUAUAAUUCGUUGACAGAUUAUUAAAUAUGCCUGGAAGCUCAUGCAAUCGAAAUCAUACCUGAAUUGCUUGAGUUAAACUUCUUGGAAUAAAAUCGUAAUAGAAUAUGCGCACAUAUAUUUGAUUAUUAAUUUUUUAUACUUUAUAUGUAAUGUUAGAGAUAGUAAUUAGACUCGUCGAGGACGACGAUAAUACAUAAAUAAAAUUUCUAGAUUUUCUCAAGAGCAUUUCAUACGAAGCUAAUUUCAUUAUCCCAUGUGUAAACUUUUUUAUUUUCUUUGUUAGGAAAUGACGUUGCCAUAUCCACAAUAUUUUGAAAUUUCAAGCUUCCGUAAUUUUGUUACUUUCAGUCAUAACAUUUCUGAUAUUAUUCUAAUGUGAAAGAUAUCUAGUAAUAAAGAAUUGUUAAUAAAUCUAAUUAUAUAUA